UGGAAAGUAGAUAAUAUUACGUCUGUUAUCUUGUACGCGCUCGUCAAUCGUUUGGAUUUUCGCUCUGUUUUACAAUUAUAAUUGAAUAAAUAACAAACAAAUAAUACUGUUUGACGAUUAUAAAUUAUCAUUCGUUGCUGUCGACCGGAUUCCGUUGGUUUCCGCUCGUACAAAUCGUUGCCGAAGUUUUGAAAAGGUUUCCGCUGUACGGUUACAAUGAUUCCAUGAAAAUGGCAUUUCCAGUAAGUAUUAAAAUAUGCGUUAUUUGUCAACCGUGCCGUUGUCGUCCGUUGUUGCUCUUGUAGCAAUUUCGGGCAGAUUUUAAUUUGACUUAGGUGUUCAAUCAGUCAAAAACAGUCCCCCUUAUGAUGAAAAUGUGCUCUAGGUUUAUUGUCAUUCCGAUAGACACUAUUUAAACACUAAAUUCGCUGACACAUUAUCCAUCAUGUUAGACAGUAUGACUGAGUGAAUUCUGUUUCUAUUACUGUCAUAUUAUGUACAUUUUCAUUAAUUAAUUUUUUUUUUUAGUAUGUUAAAGUUAUAUUUGAAAUCGGCCAUGAGGCAUCUGUCAGAAACAAACGAACGCCUGAAGGGUUCACUCAUGACUGGGAACUAUUUGUUCGUGGAGUAGACAACUCAGACAUACACUAUUUUAUUGACAAAGUUGUGUUCCAUUUACAUGACACAUUUCCGAACCCAAAAAGAGGUAAGUGGUUUUUUUUUUUUUUUAAUAUUUAAUGAAAUUAAUUGUUAAACAAAAUUACUAGUGUUUACCAAUUUAAUGUUAAAUUUAGUUGACUGUAAGCUGUAGGAAUGUAUACAUAGUAAUUUUUUCAAACAAUACAUUCAUUUUAAUGAUUUUAUUAAACAAUACAUGUUUUAACUAAGAUUUUGAUCAUAUUAUUUAACAAUAUUAACUUUUCCAUGUUAAAUUUAAAAAUAAUAAUAUAUAUGUUUAUAUUAUUAAAUGCAGACUGAAUUAAUUAAUAUUAUUAUUUAAUCAUUUUUUCAACAAAAUAUUCAAAUCUAGGUUACUACAUUAAUAGUAAUAAAAAUAGAAUAAUGAAUAAAUAGUGUUUACAAUAUAUGACAUCAUUCAUAAAAAACAACUUAUUAAGUAUUAGCAUAAUAAUAUUUAUGUAUUUAAGUUAACAUAUUAAAAUUUGUAAACAACUAAAUUGGUCUUCACAGGUUCUCUCUUAAUAUACAAAUAAUCUGGAUAAUCUAAACAGCGAACACUUAUCUUUGUUUUUAACUGUUCAUAAAUAGUUUUUAAUUAAAAAAAAAAUUACUAAUAUUUUAUAUUAUCGAAUAUUAAUAACAAUAAUAACUGUUAUACAUUACUGUUUUUAAUUUAAUCAAUUGUUUGUAAAUAUAAUUGUUUCUUUUCCUUUUCUACUUUUCUAGGCCCAUAUGGCAACCCCUUUUAUAUUUUUAUUGUUGCUAUUACCUCUUUUUAAAUGCAUCCUUACCAGAUAUCGUUUUAUGAAUUUCCAAGUACGUAACUGUUAGUAGCAUACCAUUGUAAAGUAUCCAUACCAUGAAUUAUUUCUUUUUGUGUAUAUAGUUAUGUCUAAUACAUUAGCUAUAAUUAAUACCACCUUGGUGGUUUAGGUCAAACGCGUUUAUUAUUAUUAAAGCUUCUUCCCCUGUGUCUGUGAGGUGUUUACAAGAUUAGUGCCAUAUUUUAAAAAAUACCCAUUAUAGUCCAAUAGUGAAAAUCAGUUUUAUAAAAUAAAAAAAAGUGUGUUUUGGAUUACUAGUAUUAUAUCUAUGUAAUUAUUGGCAUUCUCCAACAAAAAAUUUUUUUAUAAUAUUUUAAUGGAGACAGAUGAUAUUAAUUAAAAAAUUAUAUUAUUUAUGUAAUUAUAUAAAAUAAUGAUGACAGUUGUAUAAAAAUGUGAAAAUUAUAAUUUAAUGACGUUUUUUAUGUGUCAAAUUUACAGUUAUAAUAAUAAUUAUUAUUAUUAUUAUUAUUUACCACCAUCAAAAUAUGUAACAAAAUUAAAAAUUUGGGUACCGGGGAUGGAGAAGGCUUAUCAUGUAAUAUAGUAUGGAAUAGUAAUAUUAUAUUUAAAUGUCAACAUUAUCUAUAAUAUGUAUUUAUAAAUAAGAAUUUUGGUAUCUCUUCACAUCAAACAUUUAGUACAAUAUAAAAUAAUUUAACUAGUUUAACACAUGAUAAUGCAUUGCACUUAUUUAUUUUUAUUUUUUAAUUAAUGCAACUGAUUUUAAGGUAAUAUUAAAGAAGUCUAAUAUUACUUUUAAUCAAUAGUCUGAUAUGAAAUCACUAUUUUAAAAAAUAACCAUAGUCAGAUUUUUAAAAUUACUUAGUAUCCUGAGAUUUAAGACUUUGAUAUUACCAUAGUUUGAAAUUGUCAAACUAUCUGAAAAGAAAUGUAUUAUAAUAAUAAUAGAAAUAAUAAAUCAUAUAAUAAACCAAUUAGUAUUUAUUAUUUUUGAUUAGUAUUAAUAAUAUCAGUAAUUUAAACUGUAAUUGACAUUUAAAAUUUUGUUUUGAUAUAAUAAUAACUACAGUAGUGUAAAUUGGUCUGUGCAAAUGUGGUGGUGCAAAAUUAUCUUUUCGUGCCACUGGAUAAUUUGUAUAACCUAGUGUCACCCAUCUAUAAUAUAACCUAACCCAGUCUAUAAUUUUUAUUUUCAAAAUUAACUAUUUGUUUGUUAGAUAAAAAACUUGUAUUUUUUGUUUUGUUAUAAUUUUAUGAUUGGACAGCUGUCAUGUGUACCAGUGUAACACAUACAAAUAAGUGGGUACAUGAAUUAGAUCCAUUGAUUAUUUGUCCACUAAUAUGCUCUCAUAUUAAAUAUAAUGUUUAGUAAUCAAGUUUUAACUAUUUAAAUAAUUCAAUACUAAUUUUUAAUUUUUGUAAAAAAAAAAGAUGGAAAUUAAUUGUUUAUUAGACAUGUAUUACACGUGUUAGAAAUAUAGAGAGGUUUUAAUUAAUUAUUUAGUAGCAUAGUAGGUGUAACAAUUUUCAGUUAGUAGAAUUUAACAUUUAAGAUUAAAAGUUAGUGUUGAAUCAUACAAUAACAAUUAGUAUAAUUUGUGUAAUUCAAGCUUAAUAUACAAAUUUGUAAUUUAUUUAUUGCGAUUUAUUUUAGUGGUUAAAGAACCACCAUAUGUUGUGAAAGAAUCUGGAUAUGCUGGAUUUCCAUUACCUAUUGACAUAUAUAUACGGAAUAAUGAUGAACCAAGAAAAAUUAGAUUUAAAUAUGAAUUGGAAUUACAAGAUCGUGGUUUACCACCUAUAUCUAAAGUUACUAGAGAAACAUAUGUAUUUAGUCCCUCAGAAGAUUUCCGAAGAAAGCUUAUCAAAGGUGGAGGAGUAAGUAGAACAUUUUACUAAAUUUAAUUAUUUGAAUAGUCCACAAUGAGUUAAAAUUUAAUAUAAUUAUAUUGUUGAAAAUUGUUGAUUUCUGUUUAUAAUAUAACUAUUGUAAUCUACUUAACAAUUUCCAAAAUUUAAUUUUAAAAAAAGUUAAGAAUUUUUUUUUAUUAUUGCUAGUUAUAUUCCAGACUAUUUUGGCCAAUUUUCUCUAUGCCUCCCCAUAUUCCUCUGUUAAGUUAGUUAUUAGAUAUUUGAAAUGUACUUUUAAUCUGCUACAUUAUCGCUGUCUUAGAUAUCAUAUCAAUAUUUUUUUUAUCUAGCCUCCAUACCUUGAUUUUUUGUAUUAGCCGAUAUCCUGUUCUCCAAUAAUGCUUGGCCAGCUCAGUGUAUGGCGUUUGAGAAUUCCUACUGUGUCUAGCUAAUUAACUAUUUUGUUAAUUUACAUUAGUUCUCAUUAUUUUAUGUGUUGUUCAAUUUGUUUCUUUUUAGACCAUAAAUCUUGUGAAAGAUUUUUCAUUUGGAUAUAAAUAGUCUUUUUCUCCAGAAUUUUUUGGCACCUUUGCAUUAUGUGUGUAAAUUACCUACUGUAGGUCUAAAAAUCAUCUUUUAUAGUCUAAUUUGUAUGUUCUCUGAUGGAAAAUUUGAAUUGAACACUAAUAUUAAUGAAAGUAACAAUUAUUUCCAGCUGUUGUCUUCAAUUAAUUUCUUCGUGGCUUUUGAGAUUUAUACUAACAUUCACUCCUAGACAUUUUAAGUUUGUUACCCUUUCAAAUAUUAGAUUUGUAACUUAUAAAGAACCGUGUGCACGUCACUUUGUAAUAAGAUUAGGUAUUUAAUCUUUUAUUCAUUAGUGUUAAGUUCAGUUCUUCAUCCUUUAUUAAGGUAGUUAUUUUUUUAACAUUUUCUUGAAUUUCUCCAACAUUAUUAUUAUUCGGAUAUAUCACAGCCACAUACCAAUCUAUAGCCUCUCAAAUCAUUGAUCCCAGCAUACUAUUUUAAACUGCCAUUUUUAAUUGUAAAUCAUGUAAAGCACCUACCUGUACUUGUUUUUUAAUGUUUUGUUAUUUACUAAUAAUAUUUUAAUUUGUUUCAAUACUUAAUAGUAACAAUUAUAUUAUAUUAUAUUUAGGUAUGUUUAUGUUAAUGUUUUAGAUUAGUGUUUUAUCUCAUGAUGGUGCUGAAGCAAAAAAUGCACCUUCGAGUUCUGCCAUAUCAAAACAAAAAUCAAUUACAAAUACUAACCGAUUGCCAUCACCACCACCAAAAAAAAAUAAAAAAGAAGAUAUGAAACUAAAUAAUACAUUUGCCACACUUUUUGGGUCUCCAAUACAACCUUCAAAGUUACCAUUGACUACGACAAAAUCAAUAUCACAGAAGGUAUCUUCAUCAGAUAAAUCUCAAGUGAAGAAUAAAACCAGCCCCCAUUAUAAGGAAGAAAAAAAAGAUAAAGACAAAGAAAGAGAAAAAGAGAAGAAGAAAUCUAAAGAAUCAACUAUAGAAAAAACUAAAAAAGAUAAAGAUAAAAAAGAAAAAACAAAAGAAAGUUCUGAUAAAUCCAAAUCUCUAAAACAAAGUAGUUCUAAACCUGACAAAAAAGAAUCUUCUCACCAUGAUAAAAUAAAAGAAAAGUCCAACGACAUUAAGGUUGAUAAAAAAGAUUCUAAGGAUAAAAGUAAGCGUGAAGAUAAAAUAAAAGAGAAGAAUAAAGAAAAGUCCCACAAAGAUGAAAAAUCGUAUAAUAAUGAGCCUAAAAUUGUUAAACAAGAUACGAUUAAACAAAAUAAUAAACCUGAAUUUAAUGACCAAGAGAAAAAAAAACACAAAAGUUCACCAGAGCCAGUUAAAGUAAAGCCUGAUAAAAAACUAGAAAAAUCUGAAAAACCACCUAAAAUGCAUAAAAGUCACAAAGAACAUAAAAAAAGAGAUAAGAGAGAUAAAGAAGACAAAUUAAAUAAAAAAGAAGAAAAAUCUAAUUUUGUUGAACAAGAAACAUCUUCUUUUAAACACCUUGAUGUACCUCAAACAAUCACUUCAAUAGAAGAAUUUCCAAAAAUGAAGGAUGAUAUUCUAGAAUGUUCACCACCACCUAAAGCAAAUUCGUCAAGAGUUCAUGAACCAGAACCUGAGUCUGAAGAAGAAUUUCCGUCUGAGGAUAGUGAACUAUCAUACCGACAAGAAAUACCCAAAGCUAAAGAACCAGAAUCUUCCAAAAAAAAACUUUCCCCUGAAAAUAGUUUUACAAAAAAGAAAAAGCGAAAAAAGAAGGAACGAGAUUCCGAAGAACCUAAACCAAGACCUAGUAGACCUGAUAUUUCCGAGCAGAUGCAAGAAACCUGUUCUGAUAUUUCAAGAUCUCCUUCUCCGAAUAGCAAAUUCACUGAUGAAUAUAUAAAUUCAUUAAAAUAUCUUCAGCAUAAAAUAAUGACGUUAGAAGAUGAAGACCUACAAAGGGUAGUUACAGUAAUAGCUGAAACUGGACAUUAUGAAGUAACUACUAAAACAUUUGAUUUUGAUCUCUGUGCUUUGAAUGAAACCACAGUGAGGAAAUUACAAGAACUUAUCACAUAAUUUAUUGAAGCAAUAUAUUUGUACACAUAUUUAUAUAUUUAUAAAAAUAAUAUUUUUGUUGAUUACAUUUUUUUAUUAUUAUUAAAUUGCAGGCCUAAAUUAUUAAUGUGAUAAAAUUGCACAUUGAACAAUUUUGUUUUAUAAUAAUUGUAAAAAUACAAUUCUGACAAAAUGUGCGCCACAUAAAUUAUUUUAUAGUCCUAUAUAUUUCCUUGUUAAGGACUUAUUUUUGAAUUGUGUGAAUUUUAAUAUGAAUUGUUUUUAUUUUAGUAGUGAAAUAUUCUCUUUUAUUAGAUAAAGUUGUAUUGUACAGAAAAGAUUGUAAACGCUUUAUUUUUAACAAUAAUACUACAUAUAUAUUUUUGGGUUCACAACUGCCAAAGAACUCCAAAUAACAGUUGUUUAGUAUUACUUUAAGUAUCAUUUUUCUUUAAUCAUUUUUAAUUCAUAUUUAAGUAUUACAUUGAUGACUAAUCAAUUUUUAGUAUAAUUUACUUACUUAUACUUUAUUAUUAUUACUAUUUUAUUUUAUUUUAUUUUAUUUUUUUUUUUUUGCAUAAUUUUAGAAAAAAGUUAUUAAGUAUUUUGUUUGCUAUGUUUUUGUUGUCUUUUAAUUAUAAAUAUUUUUAAAUCAUAAUUUAACUUCUAUUUUACUGAUAUGAAAUUUUGUAUAGUUAUUAUGUAUAGUUUCACUAACCAAACGUCAAAUAAUUAGUGAAAUAUCUAAUAAAUCUUCUAGAUAACAUGCACUCCAAGAAUGUAGGUACAUCUUGCAAUGAUAUAUCUCGUGCAUCAUGGUAGGAGAGAACACAGACCAACAAAAUUUUACAGUGAUUGGAUUUAUUAAAUACUUAGGUAUGUUAAUAAUAUUAAAAUAUUAUUUUGUUCUAUUUUUAUGCAAUGUUAUAUUUCGUAUGCUAUGUUUAAGACCUACACUGAAAAGGAGUACAAUUUUUUUCUUACCAAUAUUUGGUAGUUGGUUAAAAACAUAAAAAAUAA